ACAAUUAGGGACUGAUGAUACUAAUAAGCUAACGUACGUUUUCUUUGAAGCAGUAGUAACUAAUAGUUUGUGAAAUAAUUUAUAAGGUUCUUCUUCUCUUCUCACGUAAAUAAAUGUCUACAUACAAAUCAUGAUUAGCGGUCGAGAGACGAGAGACGAGAGGGAGUCGUUUCCUUAAUUAAUUUCUAAAACUAGUUUUUUUUUUUGUUUUUUGGAGGGGGGAGGAGGGAGAGGUUUAUUGAUUUAUUCAUCAAUUAAAAGGUUUCUGGUUUUGUCUCCGGGUUCAUUCUAGUCUAGCGGAUAUAGGUCUAUAAAUUGUUUGUCACGAUGUAAGGAGGAGUAAUAGAUGCAGCAGCAUUGACAAAAAACACGCAGCAGCAGCAGCAGCAGCAGCAGCAGUAGCAGUAGUACUAUUAGGGCUGUCAGCAAGCAAUGGAGUUGCAGAUGACAAGAGAAAACGCAGACUAUACAGUUAGGGCGGCAUCUUCACCACAACCGAAAAUGGGCGGCGGAGAGGGAGCCGUAGAUGAUCAUGAAGGACAGUCUCUGAGCAGCAGGAGGAGGAGGUGGCGGACGAAAGCCCUGGUCAUCACUCAACUCACCCUUCGAGCUUUAGUGGUGGCCUUCUCCUUGGCCGCAAUCAUCAUCACGAUCACUGCUAAGCAGACAGUGAAUGUUGGCAUACUUACUUUUACAGCCCGAUACAACUACUCAUCUGCCAUGAGGUUCCAAUUGGGAGCAAACUCUGUUGUAUGCGCUCUCUCUUUUCUGUCGAUGCUCCUCUUCGUCCUCCCUCUCCGCUCCGCUCAUCCUCAAUCAGAACCCCCCGGAAACUACUUCUAUUUGCUUUUGCACGAUAUGGUGUUGACGAUGUUGGUGAUAUCGGGAUGUGCAGCGGGUUCUACUGUUGGCUAUUUGGCCAAAUAUGGACAGGAGCAGGGCAGCUGGAUUGCCUUCUGCACGUACCUCCACCGGUUCUGUAAUCAACUGCAGGCGGCUCUUGCAUUCGCUUACUUGGCUUUCUUUUGCAUGUUUGUGCUCACCAUCGUGGCUGCUUCCAAGCUCAAGUCUCAUGUUAGAUAGAACUUACAAGAAGAGUACUCAACUCUGUGUGGUUUGUAUUUUGUGUAAUUUGUAAGCUUUUGCUGGAGGACAAUUUGUGAGCACGGAAUCAAAUUAAUUAAUACUACUAUUCCUAGCCGUCAUUGACGCCA